AUGAAACUUUUUAUAUAUAUAAAAAUAUAUUAUCGUUAUUUGCAAAUUUUUUGAACUUUACCACCUAAGUGUGGAAUUUUUUCCGCAUGUGAAAAGAGGAUUCCACAUGUGAAAUCAAAAGGGCUCCACACAUGAAAAACACAUUUUCACACGCGGAAAAAAAUUCCACACUUAGGUGGUAAAGUUCAAAAAUCUGCAAAUAACGAUAGUUAUCAAAAGCUUGGGAAGAUGCACCUAAUAAAGUUGUUUUCAGGGACUUUGAGACGACAGAAAGCUUCGAAAUCAACUAUACGAAGUGAUUUAGUCAUCAAUCUAGGCUUAAAAAAUUAA